GAACAGUUCAGUGCUUGCAAACACGCCCGAUGGUCCAUAGCUCCUCUCAAUGAACGCGUAAGGAUUAGGGAAAAGUGCGCAGGGAAUUACAUAUUUUAACUCCUUGGGGAUUAUUUAAUCUUCACAGGUUGGGAGGUUAUACAAGGACACCUGGCUGCCCUGCUGAACCAGCACACCACCCAUCAUGAUCAGAGCAUCAGUCACUGCCGUCUGCCUCGCGCUCCUCCUGUCCUGCUCUUGCUGGGCCAAGCCUAACGGAUCAAAGAACAAGAAACCAAAGCAAGUUGUUCCAGCCAUAGAGUGCGAUGUCAGAGCGGGAAAGAUCAACCUCCCAGAAUUCAUAGUCAAAUGUCCCGCGCACUGUAAGGAGACCAAGCAGCAAGUUUAUGGGACAAGCGUGUUUGCCUCUAUCUCCAGCAUCUGCAAUGCAGCCAUCCACAGUGGCGUCAUCACCAACUCAGGAGGAAAGGUGAUUGUGAGGAAAAUGGCCGGGCAGAACUCCUACAAAGGCAGCAACUCCUUUGGCGUGCGCUCCCUGUCUCUUUCUAAAUGGAGGGAGUCAUUUGUUGUCUCAGUGGGCAAGCCUAAGAAAGGAGUGAUCUACCCGUCCACCCUCGACUACGUCCCAUCAAGACCUACCUACGUUAAAACAAGUCAAAAGGACAAAUCGCACGCCGUUACCACGGCGCUGCCUACGACAGCAGCACCUGAACCCACAACUAUGAUACCUGAACCUACCACCACAGCCACAACCACGCCGGCUCCCACUACCACCACAACCACCACUACACCUCCACCACCUCCCACUACUGCCAAGUCUCGCGCCGCAGUUCACAAAGUCAGGGACGCAGGCAGCAGUCACCCGUACCUUGCCUCCGUGGCAGCCACAAGUUCGAGACAGACACAGAAUGGUCAAGGAAAGAGUCCCGGCCAAGUAUUCAGAGGAAGUGCCUAUCCGAAUAGAUUCCCACAGCGUUCCAAUACAGGUCUGCGCCGACCAGAGGCGGGGUCAGCUAUCAGGAGACAGCCAUCCUCUCCAGUCGGCCCAGCUUUUAACAGGGUUCAGCCAGCCCCACCCGAGCGGACUCCAACCAUGAGCCAGUCUAACCCUGCUUUUCCCAGAAGGGAUUGGGCGCCCCCGUCCUUCCCUCGUCCUGAUUGGUUCCCUGGGGCUAGACGACCAGCAGAUGUUAGUUAUGCAGUGCCAGACUCUGGAUACACAUGGAGUGAGACAGACACACCUGAGAGUUCAGCUCGGGAUCACAGGCCUGAUAUCUCAGAGUUUGAGCGCUGGUUUUAUAACUUUGGACCUUACCUGCCCCGUUCCCCUGACUCAGAUGGCAGCCGUAAAGCAGCACUGGAUACAACCCAUACUAGAGUGGAGUCAGUGGACGCCUGGAAGCCAGACGCAAACCUUUAUGAAUCAGGGUUCAGCGUGAGAGAGCAAGAACCUGUACCCAGAGCACCUGAACCUGUGUCACAGGGAGACCCAAAUUGUAAGGUGGACCUGGUCUUCUUGAUGGAUGGGAGCUGGAGCAUCGGGAAGCGACGCUUUAAGAUCCAGAAGGACUUCUUGGCUGAGGUGGCUCAGACCAUCAAUGUGGGUGUGGCUGGACCCAUGAUGGGCAUCAUCCAAUACGGGGAUGACCCAGUGACAGAGAUCAGUCUGAAGAGUCACUCCACCUCCAGAGAUGUAAAAUCCAGCAUAGAUAAGAUUGUGCAGAAGGGGGGCCUCUCCAAUGUGGGGAAGGCCCUCUCCUACAUCAACAAACAGUACUUCAGUGAUGCCAAUGGAAACCGAGGAGGAGCUCCUAACGUGGCCGUGGUGCUGGUGGACGGCUGGCCCACAGAUAAGGUGGAGGAGGCUUCUCGUCUCGCUCGGGAGUCUGGCAUCAACAUAUUUUUUGUCACCAUCGAGGGCCCUGAUGACAAUGAGAAGCACCAACUGGUUGAAGCCAACUUUGUAGACAAGGCUGUGUGUCGGACAAACGGCUUCUACUCCUUGCCGGUGUCCAGCUGGUUUGGCCUGAGGAAAGCUGUGCAGCCUCUUGUGAAGCGAGUGUGUGACACAGACAAGCUGAUGUGCAGCAAAACCUGCCUCAACGCCAACGACAUCGCUUUUGUCAUCGACGGGUCCAGCAGUGUGGGGACCGGCAACUUCCGCACAGUGCUGCAGUUUGUGGCCAAUGUCACGCGUGAGUUUGAGAUCUCUGACACAGACACACGGGUCGGGGCCGUGCAGUACACCUACGAGCAGAGGCUGGAGUUUAACUUCGGACAGUACAACAACAAGGCCGAGCUGCUGAACGCCAUCAAACGCAUCAACUACUGGAGCGGCGGGACCAGCACCGGUGCUGCCAUCACCUACACCGCAGAGCAGCUCUUCAGCAAAUCCAAACCCAACAAACGCAAGAUCAUGAUUGUUAUUACAGAUGGGCGCUCCUAUGAUGACGUCAGAGCACCUUCACUGGCUAUCCAUCGCCAAGGUGUGAUUACUUACUCCAUCGGUAUCGCCUGGGCAGCCCAGGACGAGCUGGAGUACAUCGCCACAGACCCUGACAAGGAGCACUCCUUCUUUGUGGACGAGUUUGACAACCUCUUCAAAUUCGUGCCCAAGAUCAUCAACAACAUCUGCCAGGAGUUCAACUCCCAGCCCAGAAACUGAGGACUCAUGGAUGGAGGGGAGGGGAGGUGCAGAGCGGGACAUCUUGAUCCUGGACUGUCUUUAACGGAACACUGAUUGUAAAUGUACUCUUUCUGUUGCCCAGAUGGUGCUGGAUUUGGCUGCAGUGCCCCGUAUUUGAACAGGGAGGGUUGUUAAUUUAGGUGAGGAUUGUGGGUACGGACAAAACAAAUCUUAAAGUAAAUCAGCAUUCGUUCACAAAUACACAGAUGGUGCUAAUUGUAAAAGGUUUGCAUUCACAGUGCCAUACUGGCAUCUGAUGUGAUGCUGUGAAGAGAGAGGCGUCUUCCUAAUGAAAAUAAUGGCUGCAAAUUUUAAUUACUCACCCUUUAUAAAGGGUUUAUAAACUGUACUGUUUUUUUAUUAAUGUUAAUAAAACAUCUAUUAAUGCUUUAUAGAGCUGUUAUAACCCAUUAAUAAAACAAACUUUGGGUUGAUGGGUUGUGGAAAAUUUCCUGAACUUUAUCCUGUAGUAUAAAACUUUUUCUAGUUUUUUAUCAUCAUUUUGAAUCAUUAAAUUUCUUCUAGGAAAGAAUAUAAUGUGUAACUGCCAGUCUGUAAAAGCGUGUGUCAAGCUGGAGAGGAUUAUCAGUACCCAAAGGGAUUUUUCCACAACCUGGCAACCCAAGAGUUGUUCUUAUUAAUGCCUUCAUUACUUUACGAUCUAUAGGUCAUUAGUAAAUGAUUUAGUAACUAUUAAUUAAAGUCGUCAGGAGAACUUACAGAGCCUUUAUAAAGGUGCUUUAUUAGGAAGCGUCACCAAAAUGAUUAACAAACAUAAAACUACCUUGUUGGGAUAUGGUGCUUGCAGAAAGAAAAUGUAGAUUUUAAGCAUGCCUAGCACUUCCUCUUAUGGCUUAACAUACUUCAUAAACUUAAUAUGGUGCUUUUUUAAAUACAAUUCUCUGUAAAGAGGACAUACUUUCUUAGAAUUGGUGCAUUUUGAUCUUCCUAAUAGGAGAGAUUUGAUAGUAGGGACAUUGUUAAAGUUCCUAAAGAGACUUUGGUGCUGACAUUGCUGUGUUGGUACUUGUGCAACCAGCACGACAUGUUUAACACGUGGGGGGCGAAAGGCAAAUCAACAGCAUGCAACAAAGAAGUGGACUUGUGUGAGUGUGUGUGAGAAGUGAGGAAAGAGGAGCUUGUGUAUCUUUGUAUGAAGUGAUGGCGCAUCACAAUUUUGGCUUCUCAGGAAUGCAAGCAAUUCAUCUCAUCGCUCUUAUUUUCUACAUAGUGUGGUUGCUUCUAACAUAGCAGGCAUUUCUCAGAUUUGUUAUAAGAGUAUUUAUGAUUUUCUCCCUGUUAUGUCCUGUUUGUACAUAUGCAUAUUAAAAAGCCUUUUGCUAAUUAUGUUCAAAUAAUUGAUCCAUAUUUUUUUGCAAUUUUUGAUAAAAUAAAGAAAAUG